GGCGGUCAACGUUUGGCUGUCCUCUGGCUAGGGAGGAGACUCGCUGGGCGUGGGAUUACUCAGCUGGGUGGAGCAUUUCCCAUUCAUUCAUUCAGCAGCAGUGGAAGCAGCAGCAGCAGACGGCAGCAGCAAGAGCAAACAUUAGUAGCAGAGGAGCAUUAUCAACAACAGCAACACGAGUAUAACAGCAACAGGAAUAGCAGGAUUCACAUCAGCAAGACAGCAGCAGCAGCAGUGUCAAGGAAGAUUUUUCUUGGACAAGGAUGUGGGGCCAGGCACAGCACAGAGCGGCGCUGCUGCUGCUCCUCCUGCUGCUGCUGGGGCAGGCAUCUGGAGACGUCGAGGACUUGGCUAUGGAGGGCAACGUCCCGGAGUGGCUGCACGAACUCAUCCUCAAAAUGGACCAGCGACUGCAGCAUCAGGAGCGAGAGCUGCCGAAGCUGAGCGCCGUCGUGCGUCGCCUCGAGGCGCGUCUGGAGGACGCGGAGAGGCGCGCCAAGCGAGCCAGCGCCGAGCUGAGCGAGCUCGACGGCGGUCUCGCCAACGUCACGUCGCUCUCCGCCAGGCACGAGCGCGAGAUCGGACGUCUCGUGGGCUGCGUGCGAGGACGCCGCCUGGCCGGCCGCUGCUACCUCCUCUUCCGCGAGUACCGCUCGCACCCGGAGGCCCUGGCCGCGUGCCGCGCCGGCGGCGGGCAGCUCGCCUCCGCCCGCGACUCCGGCACCAACGACGCGCUCGCUCGCUACGCGCAGACGGCCGUCGCCGGCAACUGGCUGGUGUGGAUCGGCGUGACGGACGAGCGACUCGAGGGCGUGUACCUGCACGUCGCCGACGGGGCGCGUGCCGUCUACGCUCCCUGGCACCGCGGCCCGCCGGCGCUGCAGCCCAACGGCGGGCGCGCCGAGAAUUGCGUGGGCUUCACCAUCGGCGACGGCGCGUGGUGGGACAGCUCGUGCGACGGGCGCCACCUCUUCAUGUGCAUGUACGACGUGUGAUGCGCACGGAUCGGGGAAUUGUUGGGUGGGAGUGGGGGGCCCCCGUGUGGCAGGCGUAGGUAGCGGUUCACUCUCGAGCUGGAAGGGCGGAGGCAGUCCAGUACAUGGGGCGAGGUGAAACUCAAGUGAGGCUUUCCCGAUGAUACGACGUCUUCCGCUUCGUCUUCGUCGUUAGCAGCAUUGGCAACAUCGUCAUUAUCAUGCUGAUGAUCAACAUCGUCAUGAUGACGGUCACAAUCACCCAUGUACGUUGCCUCCAUUCUGCCACUUCUCACGCAGUCUUAAGAGCAACAAAAUUCCACAAAAUUGUCACAGGAUGGAGAUGAAGAGCACACUCGUGAAUGAUGUGGCGAGAUGGCUCACCACGCACGCCUGCACAUUGCUGGCCCCCCACAAACCUCACCCCCCCCACAAAGCGCAAGUGCCACAACGAUGGUGGAAAUUUUCCACCUUAACUCGGCUCCUUCCUAACUCCGAUCUUACCCUAACCCACUUCGGGCCCCUUCCACAGUAAUAUCAGAAUAAGCUCUUUUUGAUGUGAAAUCGCCUUGCCCGCCACCCCUCCACCGUGAAUUGCAAACUGCCGAAUUGGGCAUAGCUUCCGAUUAGUCGUCCACCAAUUCCACCAAAAAAGGUGGCAGAGUUUGUGGACAAAAUAGCUAACGUAAAUCAGGCCCCGAGAUCUUGAAACCAUCACAAAAGAUUGUUCAACAUUGCCCCAAAUUUUGUGUCGGCUGAUAUGCAUUUGCUCCAAUCUCUCGCAAAAGGAAACAUUUACUGUCACUUUGCCUGUGGACUGCAGAAUUUUGGCACGCAUUUUAUGAAAUAUGCAGAUGUAGUUUUAACCUAAUUUAGUCUGCUCUAGUUGAAUCUGUACUCUCAUCCAGCAUAAAUCCCAGAGUAAAGUGGGGUUUCUUUCUUGGCUUGGUCUGUGGAUUGACUUUCCGAUUCCUACACCUUUACUUAUCUUAUUUUACAUGACCUAUAUCGCAAUAACAUGUUACUUUUGCAAAUAAACCGAUCUAGAGUCGGUCAUAACGUAGGCCGAUUAGUGAUUAGUACAUCAUAGGAUUUAAGCUGGUAACCGAGUAUAGGAUUUUUAAAUAGGUACAAAUAUAUAACACUGAUAUCGUGAUGUUUGUGACAUUUUUAUUCCAAUGCUUUCCAAAAGUGAUUUUUUUUCUACUUCAACAUGUUUCCUUGGACACGCAUUACACCUUUAUAAAUGGUAACAGUACAAAUUAAGACGUACGUUCAAGGUCACCGAGUAUCCCAUCCGCAUAUACAUCUCCCCCACUGUUCAUUCAUUCAAUUUGUAAUAAACCGUAUUGGCUUCAGACUGAAUAUUUGUUCAAACCAAGACGCUGUUAUUCGGUGCAUGGUUUUCUUUACAAUUAACACAUCAAUUUAUCCGCAUUCUGAUUUUACGUUCCAUUGCAAAAUGAUUUAUCGUGCAUUGUUGUCAUCAUGAAGCAUCCAUAAACAUGAUUAAUACACAAAA